AUGCCUCCAAAGAAGCAAGUUGAAGAGAAAAAAGUUCUAUUGGGUCGUCCCGGUAACAAUUUGAAAGCUGGUAUUGUUGGGCUUGCCAACGUUGGUAAAUCUACUUUCUUCCAAGCAAUUACCAGAUCUCCCUUGGGUAACCCAGCCAACUAUCCAUUUGCUACCAUUGAUCCUGAAGAAGCUCGUGUGAUUGUGCCUUCUCCUAGAUUCGAAGAGCUAUGCAAGAUCUACAAGCCAGCGUCUGAAGUUCCAGCUCACCUGACUGUUUAUGAUAUUGCAGGUUUGACGAAAGGUGCGUCCGCAGGGGAAGGUCUAGGAAAUGCGUUCUUGUCACACAUCAGGGCGGUUGAUUCGAUUUACCAAGUGGUUCGUUGUUUCGAUGACGCUGAAAUUAUUCACAUCGAAGGUGACGUCGAUCCUGUCCGUGACUUGGAGAUUAUCAACGAGGAAUUGAGAUUGAAGGACAUCGAAUUUUCUGAAAAGGCUUUGGAGAAUGCUUUGAAGAUCGCCAAGAGAGGCGGUCAGUCUUUGGAAGUGAAGCAAAAGAAGGAGGAAGCUGCUCUUAUCGAAAGAAUCAUCAAACUGUUGCAAGAUGGUCAGAGAGUGGCUAAUCAAAACUGGUCCCCUAAAGAAGUGGAAGUUAUCAACUCGAUGUUUUUGUUGACCGCCAAGCCUUGUAUCUAUUUGAUCAACUUGUCCCAGAAAGAUUACAUCAGAAAGAAGAAUAAGCACCUACUGAGAAUCAAGGAAUGGGUAGAUAAGUACUCCCCAGGUGAUUUGAUCAUCCCAUUCAGUGUUUCGUUAGAGGAAAGAUUGUCUACCAUGUCUGAGGAAGAACAAGAGGAAGAGUUGAAGACUUUGCAAACGCAAUCGGCGUUGCCAAAGAUUAUCACCACCAUGAGACAGAAGUUGGAACUAAUCUCUUUCUUCACCUGUGGUCCGGAUGAAGUUCGUGAAUGGACCAUCAGAAAGGGUACCAAGGCCCCACAGGCGGCAGGUGUCAUCCAUAAUGAUUUAAUGAACACCUUUAUCCUUGCUCAAGUGAUGAAAUACGAAGAUGUUAUCGAGUACAAGGACGAUGCCGCUAUCAAGGCGGCAGGUAAGCUACUCCAGAAGGGUAAGGAAUACGUAGUGGAAGAUGGUGAUAUUAUAUACUUCAGAGCAGGGGCCGGUAAGAACUAA